UGCCCCCGGGGCAGUUUGUGCCGAGAGCUCAGCCACAGGUGGUGCAGAAAAUGCAGCGUGUGGGGAAAAAGGAAACCAAGUAGAAGAUCAUGGCAAGUCACGAGUGGGGAUACGACAGCCCAAAUGGUCCUGAAGAAUGGGUCAAGCUGUACCCCAUCGCGAAUGGAAAUAACCAGUCUCCUAUUGAUAUUAAAACCAGUGAAACCAAACAUGACACUUCCCUAAAACCUUUCAGUGUCUCCUACGAUCCAGCCACAGCUAAAGAAAUUGUCAACGUGGGACACUCCUUCCAGGUAAAAUUCGAGGACAGCGAUAACCGAUCAGUGCUGAAAGGCGGUCCUCUCUCUGGAAGCUACAGGCUCUCCCAGUUCCAUUUUCACUGGGGCAGCACAGAUGACUAUGGUUCUGAGCACACCGUGGAUGGAGUCAAAUAUUCUGCAGAGCUUCACCUGGUUCACUGGAAUUCUUCAAAGUACUCCAGCUUUGAUGAAGCCAGCUCACAGGCUGAUGGCUUGGCCAUUCUCGGUGUUUUGAUGAAGGUUGGUGAGGCCAACCCAAAACUGCAGAAAGUACUUGAUGCCCUGAACGAAGUUAAAACUAAGGGCAAAAAAGCCCCAUUCAAAAAUUUUGACCCUUCUAGUCUCCUUCCUUCAUCCCCGGAUUACUGGACCUACUCCGGCUCUUUGACUCAUCCUCCUCUUUAUGAGAGUGUAACCUGGAUCGUCUGUAAGGAAAACAUCAGUAUCAGCUCAGAACAGCUGGCGCAGUUCCGCAGUCUUCUGUCGAAUGUUGAGGGGGGUAAAGCUGUCCCCAUCCAGCACAAUAACCGACCGCCCCAGCCUCUGAAGGGCAGAACUGUGAGAGCUUUCUUCUGA